UUCGAACACAGCUUAUGGACGAAAAGGACGUAGUUAACUGCGCAUACCUAUGACGUUGUAUUCACUGAUCCCGCCCACGUGUGGUGUCAAAAGAAACAUGUCGCUCCCCUUCAUACACAGAUCCGCAAAGUUAUUCAGAGGAUUUAGGGCUAGUUUAAAUCUUUACGACCACACGACAAGGAUUCCAAAUACUACGAUACGGUUACGAACAUUGUGUAGCUCAGUUGGAGAAGCAAAUACUGGGAUAUUACAAUCUACAGAAGAAUACAAAUUUGUGGAACGACUGAUCCCACCUUCGCGAGUGCCCAUUCCCCCUAAACAUGACGGUCCUUCCCCAUCUGGCUGGACUCCUCCAUCAGAGGUGCCUCCUGCUUUGCCAUACAUGAUCCGUCGCUCCCGAAUGCACAAUGUUCCUGUCUACACAGACCUAACCCAUGGCAGCCGCAAGACAACCCUUGUACGCAAGGUUGAAGGGGACAUCUGGGCUCUUGAGAAGGAUGUUAAGGAGUACCUGCAACAGCUUACUGGCAAAGACCUGCCAACACAGGUCAAUGAGGUGACCAUGACACUUCGGGUCAAAGGUCACUUUGAUACAGAGCUGAAGGAGUGGCUGGUGGAGAAGGGAUUCUAACUGGACCGUUGGCGAGGGGGUGAACUGUUGCAGAACAGUUGUCAGAGAAAAAGAGUGCAUACUUUUCUACAUGAAACCCAACAAUUUGAAAUGCAUCCUGUAUUGAAAUAGAAUAGAUAAUUAAGAGACAGUUUAUUUAUGUAGAUGUGCUCCAUGUCAAUUAUAUUUGUAUGGAACACCUUACGCUCAGCUGAUCAGCAUACUUGAAAGUUGAAUUAUUAAAUGGCCAUUUCCUAUUGGGGGGGGUCUGCUUUACUUUUAAUUUGAUAUCCACAGGAACAAUAUCAGUUGUAAGUUUGAUUCAUGAGUUGUAUUGCUAUAAAAUAAUCACUUACCUGUUUAUGGUCAAUACUGACAUUAAUUUACAAUUUGGUGUAUUACACAUUUUUCAUGGCUGUUGGUGUUUUUUUAUAUAUAGGAAAUUAUACUUGAGGGAAGUAUCUCGAACGAUACUGUGAUGUUUAUGUAGGCAGGUUUCCAUUGGCCCAGGUUUAUUUGACAAAAGCAAUGUCAUAAAACAAAGUCCUUGCAAUGCUCAUGGAAACUGCAGAUACUUUUCUGAAGAUCGAUAAUAUUUUUAUCCGUAUGACGGGUGACUUUAUUUUGUCCAACUUUCUUAUUGCCGAAUACAUUUGAAGGUAUGUGGAGCACGUGCUGUCAUUGUAAACUCAACUCCACAUUUAAUUAAAAAUGCCUAAUGCUUGUAAAAAAUAAUGGAAAACUAUAAAAAAUGUAUCCUGACUUUCAA